AUGGCUAUCAAUCUAAACAUCAUAGUGUUGGGUUUAGUUGUGUUUCAUCUGGUACAAAGCAAAGCUCCAUUAACUCCAGCUCCGACUUCAUCUCCAUCUCCGGCUCCAUCUCCAUCUCCAGCUCCGGCUCCAGCUCCAGCAAAUCCAACAACUAAGAAAACUCCAUCAAGUCCUGCAACUCCAACAACCCCGGCGACUCCAUCAAAUCCAGCGACUCCGGACACUCCAGCAACUCCUGCAACUCCAUCAACUCCAGUGACUCCAACAACUCCUACUCCGGUGACUCCUGAUCCAACGGAUGGCACCACAGAAGGCAGUCUUAAACCAGAAGAAUGUGCUCCUAGAUGUGAAGAUAGAUGCGCAAAAACACAUCACAAAAAGCCAUGUUUGUACUAUUGUAAGUACUGUUGUGCCAAAUGCCUGUGUGUACCUCCAGGAACUUAUGGAAACAAAGAAGUAUGUCCAUGCUAUAAUGACUGGAAGAAUAGAGAUGGAGGACCCAAAUGUCCUUGA